AUGGAGCAAGAUUCGCGGCAUCUCAUCGAAGUCAAAGAAUCACUGCUGAAAGGUCUAGGUGUCUUUGCGAAAGCUGAUAUAUCGCGCGGCACUCGUGUCAUUGCAGAACCAUAUAACAGUCCGAAGGUUUGCUGGAUAGAGAGCUUGGAAUUUCGCAAGUCUGAUAUCAUGCUCCGACUCUGUCCAGUCUUACAUUUCUUCAGCUAUCAUGAUGGAGCCAGGUUCUCUUUGAGGUUGGGGGAUACAGGAAUGUCAUUUUUAUGGACUGAGAAAGAGCUGGAGAUCGACCACUACUGCGUGGGAGAAGGUCAUCCCGAUCGUAAGAAAGAACUUGAAAUCGUAGAACGAUUGGGAGCGGCAACAACAAGCUCAGAGCCGAUUAAUGAAUCCGUCAAUCGAUGGUUCGACCUACAAAAUUCGCGGGAGAACUCUUACAGAACGAUGUAG